GUGUCUUGUCCUAACGGCUGUAUGGCUCUGCAUGCUGUCUCUCUCCUCAGUCAAUGUGGGCGAUUAUAUCGAGGCUGUGUUGGAUAGAAACCUGGCAGAAAACAUCUCCCGAGUCCUGUAUCCAAAUGACAAUUUCUUUGAAGGGAAGGAGCUGCGACUGAAGCAGGAAUACUUCGUGGUAGCUGCCACCCUGCAGGACAUCAUUCGCCGUUUCAAGUCUUCCAACUUCGGCUCCCGAGACCCAGUCAGGACGUGCUUUGAGACCUUCCCAGACAAGGUCGCCAUUCAGCUGAACGACACUCACCCAGCACUUUCCAUCCCGGAGCUCAUGCGGAUCCUGGUGGACAUGGAGAAAAUGGAGUGGGAGAAGGCCUGGGAGAUCACAAAGCGAACCUGCGCCUACACCAACCACACCGUGCUGCCCGAGGCCCUGGAGCGCUGGCCGGUCUCCAUGUUCGAGAAGCUGCUGCCGCGCCACCUGGAGAUCAUUUAUACCAUCAACCAAAGACAUCUGGAUCAUGUGGCCGCCCUCUACCCUGGAGACCUAGACCGUCUGCGUAGGAUGUCCGUGAUCGAGGAAGGAGACUGCAAGAGGAUUAACAUGGCCCACCUCUGCGUGAUCGGCUCCCACGCCGUCAAUGGGGUGGCCAGGAUUCACUCCGAAAUCGUGAAGAAUUCCGUAUUCAAAGAUUUCUACGAGAUGGAACCAGAGAAGUUCCAGAACAAGACGAACGGCAUCACUCCGAGGCGCUGGCUCCUGCUGUGCAACCCAGGACUAGCAGGUGUAAUUGCUGAGAAAAUUGGAGAAGAUUUUGUAACAGAUCUGAGCCAGCUGAAGAAGUUACUGGAUUUUGUCAAUGACGAGGUGUUUAUCAGGGAUGUGGCCAAAGUCAAACAGGAGAACAAGCUCAAGUUCUCUGCCUACUUGGAGGAGAAGUACAAGGUGAAAAUCAACCCGUCCUCCAUGUUCGACGUGCACGUGAAGCGGAUUCACGAGUACAAGAGGCAGCUCCUCAACUGUCUGCACAUCAUCACCCUCUACAACCGCAUGAGAAAAGACCCAUCAAAGUCCUUCGUGCCAAGGACUGUCAUGAUUGGAGGAAAGGCAGCUCCCGGCUAUCACAUGGCCAAAAUGAUUAUCAAACUGAUCACGUCCAUCGGGGACGUCAUCAAUAACGAUCCCUAUAUAGGAGAUAAACUCAAAGUCAUCUUCUUGGAGAACUACAGGGUAUCCUUUGCUGAGAAAGUGAUUCCUGCAGCCGAUCUGUCCCAGCAGAUCUCCACGGCUGGCACUGAGGCCUCGGGCACGGGGAACAUGAAGUUCAUGCUGAACGGGGCCCUCACCAUCGGGACCAUGGAUGGGGCCAACGUGGAGAUGGCGGAGGAAGCUGGCGAGGAGAAUCUGUUCAUCUUCGGCAUGCGGGUGGAGGAUGUGGAGGAGUUAGACAAACGAGGGUACAAUGCUAGGGAAUACUACGAGCGCAUUCCCGAGCUGAGACAAGCUAUCGACCAGCUCAGCAGCGGCUUCUUCUCGCCUAGAGACCCUGGCUGCUUCCGGGAUGUCGUCAAUAUGUUGAUGAACCAUGACAGAUUUAAAGUGUUUGCCGACUACCAGGCCUACAUGGAGUGUCAAGGCCGCGUUGACCAGUUGUACAGGAAGCCAAGAGAGUGGACAAAGAAGGUCAUCAAGAACAUCGCUUCCUCGGGGAAGUUUUCCAGCGACAGGACGAUCACUGAGUACUCCAGAGAAAUCUGGGGUGUGGAGCCAUCAGCUGUGAAGAUCCCCCCACCUAACAUCCCCAGGGAUUAAGCUGGGCACUAACUGUGUGUCUGGUUGAUCCAGGCUUAAGGGGCUUCUGGUUUCCAGCUAGGUUUGCACAAAUGAACUUAACACCAGUUGAGAGUCUGGAAUCUAUAAAAUAGGGCAUUUGCUAGGGAGAAGAGGAGGGUGCUUUUAAUAAGAGCAGAAAGGGGAGAUGUUGGCCAAAGCCUUGUGUGUGAAAACAGGUAAAACAAAAGGAGCAGCAGGAAACCUGGUUAGAACUAAGGCCAUUCUGUGUGUUACUCAUUUAACCAACGUGCAUGUCCUGUACUGUGUCGAGUGAGCUAAUGGCUGCCUAGGGUCCCUGCUGAUACAGCCCACGCGAGGCCAAGCACUGAGUGAAAUGCUUGUUUUCCCCUGCUGCAGAAAGGCUGCUCUAGUCUCUAGAGAGGGGGGUGGUUGCUGAACCCCCUGCUCAGAUGAUCUGCCAGCGUCGUCUGAACCUGCCCAUGCCUCCUACCCCAUCAGUCAUUGUUAGAGGCCUAACCUGGGUUCUUACACCUUCUAGCCACAGUCAGAGCGGGGCCAGUGGUUAGGUGAAGCAGGAGUAGAACCAACACAGGUCGCUUAAAGGUAAAUGACCCCACCCUAGCCAAGAGUCUGGUUUUGCUUACUGGAUGAAAGAGGAUUGAACUCCACUAGCCAGCUCUGUGUGAGCACAGCAGGGGGCUUUUGGAGCACACCUGAGCCCUAACCUCAUGGUUGUUUCUGCAUCUAGCAGCCCCAGGUGGGGUGUGUGAGAUUCAUGUUGAAAGGGGGCAGCUAAUGGACUUCAGCCAAGAUUGAAAUCAGCUGCUUUCCUUACCAAAUGGGGCCAGGAGAUUUGGCAGUUUGCUCUAAAGAUUGCACCUAGUUUGAAUUAAAAAGCAACUUGCAGACAGCAAUUAAAUAUGGAGGUGGCCCCUGGAGCUGUUAUAGGUCCCUGUCGAAGGCACCAUCUUGCUCCAAGUGGCUUUUGUAGAGCUGCUAUGAAGGCAUGUGAGAUUGUAUUAGCUUUCAUUGAGCAGUUUGUGGCUGGGCCUGGAUUGCAUUCCUGUUUCCACUUUGUAAUGCCUACAAGGCCUAUGCUGGCUGAAGGGCUGACUGGUCUCUGAAGAAAUACUUGCAAGCACCAGCCUGUAAAUGCUCUGCUUGUGAGAUAGCGGGGGGGGGGGGCUGGAUAGCUUCUGAGGCAUGUGGCCACUAGCACAGCCCUGUGCCAACCCCCCAGCACAGGGGGACAAGGAGCCUGUCAACUUAGCGCUUCCCCCUGCUUCCUAAGCCCAGCCUGAACCCAAGAUUCAUUUUUGUUGUUGGCCCCACAGUAAGGGACAAAGACACUGUCACUUUUCCGCUGGCCACACUGACCUGUUCCUGCACAGAACUGCUGCAUCCCCUUUUCUACCCCACCCAGACCCAACUACCUGUGUAACCUAUGCCCAGAACAAGCCAUUGCCCGCCCUGGGGCAUUGGCUACCAACCAGACCACCUCCAUCAAGGAAAGAGGCCCAAAACUGGGACCAUCAGCUAGCAGGCAAGUCACUUCCCCCGAAGCCCUUCAGUCUGCUCGGAGCUGUAAGGCAGGGCCAUGACAGCCCCAAUGCUCUCAGCGGCUGCCCCCCUUCACCAAUAGGGGAAAAGGCCUGGAACGGUAUGGAUGGGCUCCUCAGCAAGGGGCCUCCACAGCCCAGGGAAGGACCCAAGUAUUAACAUCCCAUGGAGCCUAUCAGCUGCAGCUGGGCUCCAUCACAGCCCAUUUGUUGCUGGAACUAGAAGCUCCUAUUGUUGGAAGAGCCAGGUUCCUGCAUGGUCUCCCGUGGCCCAGCUCACCCAGAGUGAGCCCGUCAGCACCGAGCGAUCUGAUACAAGCCACCCCCUGUGCAUUUCCUUAAUCCUAUGAGUGGAGCCAGGAAAAAUACAGGUGAGGCUCUGGGCCCAGGAGCCGACUGCCAAAUACAGAAUUGCUGGGAAAAAUCAUUGGCAAAUAGCACACCUGAAAUUAAGUCAUUUUGUCAGGGCUGAUGUGCUUUUGCUGUGACCAUUGAUGUGUUAACUUACAUCAUGUCUCUAUGCCCAUGAGCAAAGAAAGGGACUAAGCCGGUCACUUCUCAGCAAGGAAGGGGAUACACUUUCAGUGUGCAUUGAAAUCAAGCACAGCCCCUUAUUUAAAUGAUCAAAAAGACCAACCCUUAAGUCCACUUAAUUUUUAACUGUAGUGUUGUUGCAGCCAUGUUAGACCCAGAAUCGUGGAGAGACAAGGUGGGUGAAGUAAUGGCUUUUAAUGGAUCAACUUUUGUUGGUGAGACAUGAGCUUCUGAGUGACACAGAACUGGAGAAGACCUGAAGAGCUCCGUGUAGCAUUAUCUCACUCACCUUGUGGCUCUAGGAUUUUUAAAUGCCGUCAGAUUUCUUGAGAAUACAACCUACUUCUGCUAAAAAAUGUACCAUACUUCAUCUGCAUGAAGCUGCUGAUCUACUUCCAUUGUGUUUUGUGUUGAUCUGGACUAGGAGGAGUACUUGCUGGAUUGUCAAUGUGUUACUGACAUUUCAUAGUCUGUGUUCCAUGAACUGGGAUAUUUGAACUGCAACAAUAGAACACAGUUGCUAUCUCAGAAAUCAACUCGUACUGAGCAGGAAAGUGGAAGGUUUGGAAUUAGAGCAUCCCAGUUGCUUCUGUAUCUGCCUCUAAUGGGACAUGCAAAUAGAUUUAGUGCAUUGUUUCAACAUGUUGGUACAAAGUAUGGAUAUUAAUCUGUGUAGUGAAUCUGUUCUUCACCUGUGCAUUGGAAACUGAUUAAAACAAUCAAAACGCC